AUGCUUAGUGAUCUCGCUGAAUACUCCAUCAUGCUUAAUGGAGAAAAGGCUGUGACGCACACCUCGUCACACUAUGCCACCUCCGAGGGAAAGUUUGAGAAAGUCACUUUGCCUCCAAUCAAUGGUUACUUCCGUCUCACUGAGAACACCUUGAACCUGUUCAACUUUCACUCGCUGGCCCUGAUCAGUGCCACACCCUCGCUUACUUCCUCAUCUCUGGCUGCUGAACUGCCUCUUAAUUCCCCAAGGCUUGCAAGCUCCGAGAUGCAUGCACCUUCCAUCCCAGAGGCUGCCAACAGACUCAUCACGAUUUCAUCCUCACCCGUAUUUACUGGCGAGCACGCAGAAGAGGAUGCUUCGGGUAAGAAACGUAGACAGCGCCUUGGUCCCUCUUGCGACCACUGUCGCUCAAGAAAAGUCAAAUGCAACGCCGAUGUGGUUUUGUUGAGCAGAUAUUUCGUGGCCUCGGAGUUGGAUCUGGAGUUCAAGGAUGAGCUUGUCUUGACUGGUGAACAAAAGAGCCAACUCUGCUCCGGCGCAGAGGUUCGCACUGCCAACAACUCUGUUCUUGUUGUCUCCAACAACAAACUCAUCAAGUUCCUGCCUUGCUCUUCGUGUUGCACCAAAAGUCUCAAUUGUUGCUUCUCCAAAGGCUUCACAAAGGAAGACGUCAUUCACAACAAAAAAAGAGAAACAUGGACAUCUGUUGCAGGCGACAAGAAAUACAAUGUUAACAAGGUGACUAAGAAAGCUAUGUCACCCAAGCCUUGCACUUUGCAAUUGACUGGCAGUAGUGUUAAAGCUUCUUUAGGUGUUUCAACACCUGAUACCUCUUUUCUUUCGGACUCGGCCUAUUCCCCUGGCGCUGCUGGCAGCACUAGGAAGAGCUCUUGCAACGCUUGUCGCAAAAGAAAGAUCAAGUGUGUACUGAGCAGUCACUCAGCCAAGUGCAUGGGAUGCAUUAAGAAGGACUGCCUGUGCUCAUUCGAAUUAUAA